UCAGUUGUCUUGGCGUCGACGAUCGUAGUUUAAGUUCCCUUCCCGGUUCUCUGGUUCGAGGUCGCCGUGCGUAAUCGCAAAGACGCGUUUUUAUUGAAUUAGCUGUGCAUUUUGUUAUUACGAUUUGUGGGAAAUAUCCCGUAAGAUGAAGUCAACACGCCGAGUAGCUGGGAUUUUUUGGGCCACCUGCCUGCUGCCGCUCACCGUUCUACAAACACAAAGUAUUCAGGCCCAAGGAAGCUGUAGAAACCCCGAUCAGAAGCAGGGCCGGUGCUUGUCCAUAUACGACUGUCCAACUCUGCUUUCUUUGGUCCAGCAGGCAUCCGUAAGCACACAGGACAGGGUGUUCCUACGCAACUCGCAGUGCUCCGAUGGAGUGGGCCGACUGCCGUUUGUUUGCUGCCCUAUUGAUCGGAGUUUUGAGCCUCAGGAAACCACGUCUGCAGCACCUCCAGUGACGCCAACCAGUUCAAGUCAGCAGGGUCAACAGGGUCAGCAAGGUCAGGGCAACCUGUUGCCCUCGCCACCAAAAUGUGGGCCACACUCCUUCAGCAACAAGGUCUACAAUGGCAACGACACGGCUCUGGAUGAAUUCAGCUGGAUGGCCCUGCUGGAAUAUGUGGAUCGUAGAGGACAGCACGAGCUCAGUUGUGGCGGAAGUCUGAUCAACAAUCGUUAUGUCCUCACCGCUGCUCAUUGCGUUAUUGGUGCCGUAGAGAGUGCUGUUGGUCACUUAACUACCGUUCGAUUGGGAGAGUACGACACCAGCAAGGAAAUAGACUGCAUAGAUGGCGUAUGCAACCAGCCCAUCCUUGAAAUGGGCAUUGAACAGCGCAUUGUACAUCCCCAAUAUGAUCCUGCCAACAAGGACCGCAUCCAUGACAUCGCCUUAUUGCGUCUAGAUCGACCUGUUUUGCUCAAUGAGUUUAUUCAGCCGGUUUGUUUGCCUUUGGUCAGCACACGAAAGGCCAUCAACACGGGAGAACUUUUGGUUGUCAGCGGAUGGGGACGUACCACAACAGCCCGCAAGAGCACCAUCAAGCAGCGUUUGGAUCUUCCGGUGAAUGACCACGAUUCCUGCGCCAAGAAGUUUGCCACCCGAAAUAUCCAUCUGAUCAGCUCGCAGCUCUGCGUCGGUGGGGAAUUCUACAGGGACAGCUGUGACGGGGACUCAGGCGGACCCUUGAUGAGGAGGGCAUAUGACCAGUUCUGGUACCAAGAGGGCGUGGUCUCCUUCGGCAACCGCUGCGGACUGGAGGGCUGGCCAGGUGUCUAUACGCGGGUUUCCGACUACAUGGACUGGAUUCUGGAGACGAUUCAGCCCUGAGCACCGAAACGAAGGCCGCUUUUGUCCAACCAGUGUUUUAAUUAAAGUCAAGUCGAGAGUG